AGAGAAAUGUGGAAGGUACCGUUAUUUAUUAUUUCCGCAGCGACUUUAUGGCGACAUCUAUCGAAAUAUUACUGAUGCUGCAGUCCAGGUACAUGAGCAACGUCAGCAUUGUGCUACGCGAAAGAUGGAGAGGGGGCGGAGGUUCGACCAUGAUGCUCUGUUAAAGGUAUUAUCCUUCAACAUAAGAGUGGACUGUUGUUGUAGAAACUGACGGCCAGUAAUUGACAAACUUUAAUUCGCAAUAACGAAGUGACAUUUCAUUUGCCAUAACAUAGUUAAUGUGUUUGGACAUAAAGGCGACUAUAGGAUCCGGGUAGAAAACUGUCUAAAAUGUCUAAAGCCUUUAUUUUGAAAUAAAGCUGAAAAGAAAAUCUGGAUGCAGGGUUUUUAUGGUUGAACUACAUGGAAGCAGACUGGACGUGAGAGAAUAAAUGAUAAUGAAUGCCGCAAGAGGAGACGACUGAAGACGGCGCAUCUGUUGAUGAUAUAAACUUCACUAUUUGUGCAAAAUAAAAGCGUGUUUUUCCCUGCAGACUUGACUCCCGUGUCGGCUGUCGGCGCUGUUAUAGCGUGUCUUGCAGAGAUCUCAUUAUGGCUGAGAGUAUCUUAAGCAAGGCUGCCACCAUGGAGAUCCCUAUUAACAGCAAUGGAGACACUGGGACUCUGGCAGAGGAUGACAGUCUGGAGCAGGAUUUACAGCAGGUGAUGGUCUCUGGACCAAACCUAAAUGAGACCAGCAUUGUCUCCGGAGGUUAUGGAGGGCCAGCAGGAGGCAUCAUUCCAACCAGCAGCAUCAAAGGACCUGCCAUUCGCUUCAACCCUGAGUAUCUGGACAGAAGACGAGAGCCUCCACCAGAACCAGACAUCCGCAUGAAAUCCAGAGGUGUAAGUUUGCCUAAAAGCCAGUCUCCUGCCAGUGGAUUUGUCCAACACACGAUUCAACAUUCAGGCUCGUCUAAUCACAGUCCCAACAGUUCAACAGAAGAAGUUACACGUGGUGUGGCUGUAGAGAAACUGGAUAGUGUGAGGAAAUGGGGCAUCAACACGUACAAGUGCACCAAACAGAUGUUUUCUGAGCGCUUCGGUCGAGGCUCAAGAACAGUGGACCUGGAACUGGAGGCUCAAAUCGAGGUGUUGAGAGAAACCAAAAGCAAGUACGAAAGCAUCCUGAGUUUGGCCAUCGCCCUCAUCGAUCAUUUUCAAAGCAUGGUUCAGACGCAACAGGCCUUAGGAGAUACUUUCACCGACCUUAGCCAGAAGUCACCAGAGUUGCAGGACGAGUUCGGUUAUAACGCAGAAACUCAGAAGCUAUUGUGUAAGAAUGGAGAAGCUCUGCUCGGUGCCAUUAACUUCUUCGUGUCAAGUGUCAACACCCUGGUCAACAAAACAAUGGAGGAUACUUUAAUGACUAUAAAACAUUAUGAAAAUGCAAGACUGGAGUUUGAUGCCUACCGCUCUGAUUUGGAGGAGCUGAGUUUGGGGCCCAGGGAUGCUGCCGGCUUGGUUCGCAUAGAGAUGGCUCAGCAGGAGUACCAGAUACACAGAGACAAAUAUGAAAGACUGCGCAGUGAUGUAACCAUCAAACUCAAGUUUUUGGAGGAAAACAAGGUCAAGGUGAUGCACAAACAGCUGCUUCUUUUCCAUAAUGCUAUCUCAGCUUACUUUGCUGGCAACCAGCAGCAACUGGAACAAACUCUAAUACAGUUCAAUGUAAAGUUGAAGCCCCCAGGAUCACAGAAACCAUCCUGGCUGGAAGAGCAGUGAGGAGCCGACAGACUGGAGAGAAGAAGACAGCAUCGUAGUUAGAUGGACAAACGUGAAGUGGAUAAGAAGUAUGUGGAUGGAACGGUAGCAUCCAGGGAUAAGGAAAAGCGUGAGAGACCACUUUUUAAUAUAUACGUUACUUAUUUUACAUAUUACUUUUAUUGACUUUUGUUUUUUGUCAAAUCACUGAAUGACCUUUUACUUAGUUACUCUAAAGUUCACGUGGUUCCCAGGUGACGCUAAGGUGAAUGAUUCAAAGUCAUGCAUGAUGCAACACCAACAACGCAUGGGUACAGUUGACAAAGGAGUUACAGCUAUUGAUUUGAUGCUUAGAACCCAAAUGUUUUUGCCCAUCCCACUGUUUUUUCUUUAUGUCGGUGUUUGUAAGCCACCUGCUUGUAGCCUUUGGAAUCUGGAGUUAGCGCCACACAUGCGUGUUUUUACGGAAAACAGAAAGUAUUUAACAUUUUUUGCUACCUGUUCACUAUUAUGAUUCUCUUCCACCGCUAGAGGUCACCAUAUAGACACCAUUGUGUAUUCCUUUCCCAACCAAGGAUCAAUUUAUUAUCAGAAAAUAUUUUCAUGGAGUGGUGGUAAAUAACACUAACCUGAGAAGAGUUUAAAAUGCAUAAUAAAAUGACAAACCAUUACACUGAAUGACAGAGCAGAGCAGAUUUGACAAGUGAGAAUCACUUCAUUAUCAUCAGUAAAAAUCUUCUUAAAUAGGACAGUUAAAUUCAUUUUUAAGUUGUUUGAUUGAUCAUUGUGCCUAUGUGGACCUUAUCCCCUUUAUAAAGAUGGUGGAAUUUCAUUCAAUGGUGGUCUUUAUUAUUCAUAUGUAUCACAAACUGAUGUCACUGGGAGAUAAUCUGGUCAUUUACAAAAAACAUUGAAAUUAAUAAUCAAUUAAAUGUUGCGUUUUGGCUGACAUUAGCAAAGAGUUUAGAUCAUGAAUGUGUAAACUACGUCUUGGGGGCCAGACACGGUCUGUUAGGCUUUUUAAAUGGGCCCACCGAACUUGUAUUAAUGUAUUUUAUGAGACUUUUGUCACUUUGCCUUAACCCUGUAAUUCUCAAGUUACCCCAGGGGUGAGGUGUAUUACUCUACUUCCCUGUUUCCCUCUGUCUUUUGUUCGAACUUCCGACACUUUAGUGAAAACAAGUGGGCUAAAGAAAAGAAAAGUGGUCUAAUUUUAGAUCCCAUUUUGCCCGCCAGUCAAAAACUUUGCCCACUCCUGGUGUAGGUGUUCAGUGGAGCUGUACACCUUUUACAGUGAUGUGCUGAAACUCUAUACUUCUGAGAUUUUCUUUUAACUUUUCACCAAAUAUACCACCUGGAUCCAUGCUGCAUCCAUAACAAAGAGGUAUUUCUUUGAAAAUGUGUGACUGAGACAGUCUCCUCAAAGACUCAGUUA